CUGCAGUGGAGGAAGAGCGAGCAGCACAAACAUGAAGGAGAGUGGAGGUUUUUUCUGGAAGGUGCUGCUGGUGGGGAUGUGUGCGUUGCUGCUCCUGAGCUCAGGAGGUUUGGUGUUCCUGCUGGUAAGACAGAAGGAGCUGACGGAGGAGCUGGUGAGGUUGGAUGCCCAGGUCCAGGUGCUGUCUCAGAGCUGCGGGCUGCAGGCGGGCGUCCUCCAGCCAUCGGACCCGGCGGAGGCUGUAGAGCUCCUGAAGCUCCAGCGCAGCAGAAGGAACCAGGAGGGGAAACCCACAGGAGGCGAGGGCGAGAAGGAUAUGAUGAUGCUGAUGACAUACUCCAUGGUUCCUGUUAAAGCCUUCAUGGAUCUGUGUAACAGCUCCAAGGGACUUUGCUUAUCAGCCCCAGCUGGACCACCAGGUUUGCCUGGUAGAGCUGGUUCAUCGGGUCCUCAGGGUGUGCCCGGGCCGGAGGGGAGACGGGGAAGAAGAGGAAUUGCUGGUGAAAAAGGAGAACCAGGACCUAAAGGUGACGCUGGGCCUCCCCAAGGGAAAGGAGAGACCUACAAUGAGAUUCUCAUUGAGGGUACUCCUGGUCCAAGGGGUCCAGCAGGCCCAGCUGGUCCAGCAUGUCCUGCUUGGUAUUGUAAUGACGUGAGAAACAAGAUCCUCAGAGAACACAUCCGUCAAAACAACAUGUCGCUGGAUUCAUCUCCUUCUGUGACCAACGGAGAACACCGCAACUCAACAAUGAACAAUGAACCUCCCCAUCCAGUAAAUGAGAGCGUUUUGAAUGUUACUGCCUCUAAAAAAGCUCUAAACACAAGUACAGAUUCUGUUUCACAUCGCCCUGACCACAGACACGACCUGUGGAUGGAAACGGGUACAGAGAAUGUUACAGAGGCAUCAACUAACGUAUUAACAGUUUUACCAAGGCCACAUCCAACUCAUGAAGCCUCCGGUGGUUUUAACGUUUCUGACUCGGAGAAACUGAAAAAGACGGAUAAGAAAUCUGAGUCAGUAUCAUUUCAUAAAGACUACAACCACGACACCCUGAAAAACACACAUAAUGUUACAGAAGGACCAAUACAAUUAUCAACAGCUCCUCUUUCUGUGGAGCAAAAUGGUGAUUCCUUCAAUAACAGUGACACUAUUAUUGAUGCACACAUGCAAAGUGCAUCAACAACUCCUCGGCCAUUUGACCACAGCAGAGAUGUUACUGACCCUCAGAAACCUCGAGACACAAACAUGGAAGCUGAGUCAGUAUCAUUUCAUCAAGACGACGACCAUGACAAGUUGAACGAUACCAAGAGAGAACAUAUUAUAGACCGACUGAUAAGAUUAUUAGUUCCUCUCUCUGUGGACCAAAACAGUGAUUCCGUCAAUACCAGUGGAACCGUUAUUGAUGCACUCAUGCACAGUGCAUCAACAACUCCUCGUUCAACUGACCACAGCAGAGAUGUUACUGACCCUCAGAAACCUCGAGACACAAACAUGGAAGCUGAGUCAGGAUCAUUUCAUCAAGAUGAAGACCAUGACAUGUUGAACGAUACCAAGAGAGAACAUAUAAUAGACCUACUGAUAAGAUUAUUAGUUCCUUUCUCUGUGGACCAAAACAGUGAUUCCUUCAAUACCAGUGGAACCAUUAUUGAUGCACCCAUGCACAGUGCAUCAACAACUCCUCGUCCAACUGACCACAGCAGAGAUGUUUCUGACUCGCAGAAACCUCGAGACACAAACAUGGAAGAUGAGUCAGUAUCAUUUCAUCAAGAUGACGACCAUGACAUCUGGAACGAUACCAAGAGUGAAAAUAUUACAGACCGACCGAUAACAUUAUUAGUUCCUCUCUCUGUGGACCAAAACAGUGAUUCCUUCGAUACCAGUGGAACCGUUAUUGAUGCACCCAUGCACAGUGCAUCAACAACUCCUCGUCCAACUGACCACAGCAGAGAUGUUACUGACCCUCAGAAACCUCGAGACACAAACAUGGAAGCUGAGUCAGUAUCAUUUCAUAAAGACGACAACCAUGACAUGUUGAACGAUACCAAGACACAUAAUGUUACAGACCGAAACACUGACCAAAACAGUGAUUUAAUAAACAAUGCUACAGAGGCACCGACUAAAUUAUCAACAGACUCACUUUCUGUAGGUCUGGAGAGGGAGGCCUCCACCAUCAGUGGACAUAUUACCAAAACACCGAUGAGAAGUGAGUGCCACAUUAGAAGUAUUAAAUGUCCGGAGACAGCCGCCACAAUGCAGAGCACUUAUGGAGCCUGGAUGUCCGAUGCGUCCCGGCUGGAAGGAGGGCGGUACUGGCUGGCCGAUCAUUUUUCAGGUCGAGUUUUGGUGGAGCACAGAAACAUUUCGACAUUACUUGAUACAAGCAGCAAGAUGAUAGAUGUCAGGAGGUACUUCCAGGGCUGUGGUCAUGUGGUUUAUAAGCGGUCAUUUUACUUUCACAACGCAGGAUCAAACAGGCUUAUCAAAUUUGACCUGAACACCGGUGAAACAAACACUCUGACUGUGGCAAACAGCAGAUAUCACAACCUGAAUUAUCUUUUCGGAAACUCAAAGACAUAUUUCAAGUUUGCUGUGGAUGAAAAUGGACUGUGGGUCAUUUUUGCAGCAGAUACAGACGAUGAUGAUACGAUAGUUGCAAAGAUCAACACUGACACGUUCACUGUGGAGUCAGUCAUUCACACUGGCUACCCUACAAGUAAAGCAGGAAAUGCUUUCAUUGUAUGUGGGGUGAUAUAUUUUACAGAUGACGAAGACAGAAAAGUUACAUAUGCCUUUAAUUUAGUGAAAGAGAGUCCUCUGGAUGUAAGUUUGGAUUUAAGGACAGGCGAUGGCAUCUUGACUAUGCUGUCAUAUUAUCCCAACAGGAAGCUUCUAUACAUGUGGGACAACAGCAGCGUGAAAAUAUGCAAAGUUAGAGUCAAAUUGACCAAGAAAUAACACCAAAACGUAAUAAAGAAAGCGAUAAAGAUAUUUGUAAAGUCUCAGUAGAUUUACGUGAAAUUCUUGAAUCACUGACUCGAUUUUUUUGGAGGCUUCAGUUACACUGGCUAUUGUUCACAAGAAAUGUAUUACUCAAAUUAAUAACUUCUGAUGUUCAUGUGUUGAUUCCAAGAUACCUAUAUCUGCAUUUACACAGAUCCUAACUAGGGCUCUAAAAAAAUGAUGAGACAUGUUAUAUUUCAAUUAUUAUGUACUGUGAAUGAGAAAGUCUGUUUUUAAUGUCACUAUUGAACAUGAAGGUCAUUUAAAAUGUCUAGAUAAUGUUGAUUUAUAUAUGUUUUGUAAUUAAACUACAAGACGAGACAAUUACAUUACAUUACUUUUUAUUUAGCUGAUGCUUUUAUCCAAAGCGAUUUACAAUAAGUGCAUUCAACGAUGAGUACAAACUCAGACCAAUAAGAAUCAAGAAAGGACCAUUUCUUCAAGAAAGCCAAACUACAAAGUGCUACAAGUAAGUGCCAUUUGAGUUUUGACUAAAGUACUUUUUUUUUUAGACAAGGGGACAUGAAUGAUUUGGUCAGCACCAAAUCUUUGUAUGUAUGUUAUUAUUAUCAUUGUUGUUAAAUAAAGUAUAACAGAACUCUGA